ACAGAUCCAGAUAUCUCAAGGGUAAUGCAAUGUCCUUAACUGAAAUAUCAAAAAUGUCUGAAAGCAGACUACAUAAUUUGGAAGAAUUUCGAAACGCAAUCUCCAUAAAGAGAUGCGAUUCAAGAUAUAUUUCCUUUUCCAAUCCAAAUCGCCAUGAAAUAUUUCUGUCGCGAGGUGACAUACCUGUUUUAGUCGAUAAAAUAGUUAAUUUUUACUGACUUUAGCGAGUCGAUGCUCGUUCACUCUUUUUUCCUCUGCUUUUUAUCACGAGUGAUAAAGAUAAGUCCGAUAUAAAGGGGAUGUAAAGCAAACGCGGAUGUGUAAAUUUAUCAACAAAAGCAAUACAUAUUUCAUUCUCACUCUCUUUCUGAAUAAAAGCUUUUCUCGCGCUUUUCUCGCGCUUUUGUCCCAUGGAAAGGUACGCGUGUUGCAAAGUUUCGCGCCAACGUGGCGUGCAUCCGACUCGUUUGAUCCAAUUCUUCGUGUCUAUCGAAUGUUUUUCGUUGCUGCUUGUCACUGGUCGCACGUAGGCGACCAGCUUGAGUCGCCUUUUCUUAGAAGGAAACGCGUGGGUUGCUCGCCUUCCGAGCACAGAAGCCACGGCGAUUUCGUCCAAUUGCGUCCGCGUUUCAACAACUUUACGGGAAAUCGUUCAAACCACAGUAUUGUUAUUAUUAACUAUUGGUAUCAGUAUUAGAUGUAUGCAAGUUUAGUUAGUAGACAAUUGAACAGCGUUUCCGCCUGCUGUCAAUUUGUUAACCAAACUCGACCAAAUAUCUCGAUUGUGAAAUUUGCAAAUGCGUUGAUCAGGCAAUCUUGCGGCACAUGAGAGAGUGUACAGGAGAGUGUACCUGCAAACUGAGAGACGUGUCGUAGAACGAACUUUACGGAACGAUACAGAGCCAAGACCAUCGCUUUUAUUAUGUCUCCGAGCGUGGCUCCGGUCUCGGGAUGGAAAGGAUACGCUCUGCGGAUCACGGUGUUGGCGAUAGGUGUCUUCGGUAUUUACUACGCUUUAUUGUGCAGAAGAAAGGGCUCGUCCGGUGGCAAGUGGAACUUACAGAAGAAUCGAAAGACCGCAGUCGAGUCAGAGAGUCGGGAUGCGAAUACUGAAAUAAAGGAGAUCAAGUACCAUCGCUUUUUCAAUCGCAAUUUUCGAGGUGUACGCGAAAUGUACAUUGUGAAACGUGCUCCCGAAGGAUACAGCAUUUAUUUCCGUUUUCGCGGUAGCGACGAUAGGCCCCUAGUCACGUAUAACGAUGAAAUCUGUCCAAUCUGUUUGGGAGCGCCAGAGAUUGGCGUGAAAGCCUCCUGCGGUCACUUGUUGUGCGCGGAGUGUCUUGCGAACUACUGCGACGUUACGAUCAAACCUGCACCACUACCUUGUCCAUUAUGCAGAGCGCCACUAAAUUCGAUAGCCUUGGCUUGUGACUAUGUUGGUAUAACACUGCUAUAUUUAUGCCUAUAAAAAUGCUGGAAACUUUUUGUCCACGACAGUAAGAUAUCAAAGCGAGACGUGCGAUAAAUCAGCCAGAAAUGACAAAUUUCCUUUCUCACGCGGAAUGAAAAGAUGUAAAGAAUAGAAAGAUAUAAUAGAAAAAGAUUUUUUUCUUUUAUUUUUCUUUAAGAAACAUCGAUAUCUCUGUCAAUAGAAAAAUUAAACAAAAUGACAUUACUAAUUGGUAAUUGCACGUACAUUUAUAACAACUCUUUGGAAAAUGUGCACUAAGAUCAUUGAAUCCUCAGGCCAUCCCAAGUCCAAAGACGCUGGAUCCAAAUGCGAUGAUGAUUACGCAAGACUGGAUACGCGAGUACAAUAAUCGCAGCUUAAUAACAUCGGUACGUCCACUUCCGAUGUCACGACUCACCUUCUUUAUCAAUAUCUUGAUUCUCUUUCUGAUUGUCGGAUUGAUCGCCGCGCGGCUUCAGAUUCUUGCGGAAAUAUAAAGGAGAUUUUCUUAAAAAAGUCAAAAUUGAUACGUUGAACAACUAUGUGCAUACAAAUGCAUGGGAAGAAAGAGAUGCUUUAAAUUUAAAUUUUGAAUUUCUCUCGGAAAUCGCGGGUGGCGCAUCAAGUAAGUUUAUCAAUAGCACCGUCACAAUUCAGAUUCAAUUAAUUUAA